AUGUCAGAAACAACUAACUCGGAUAAGAACAAUAAUGAGUCGAUUGAGAAAACAAAUGAAGCGCGAAUAAAAGCAGUUACGCAGAGCAAUGACACGCACGCAAACACUGAGGAGUGCGAAGUCACUCUACAAACCACAUCAGGCAAGCAAACAGAGACUUCAGUCUCCAGCUCUAAUGCCACCAAAGCUUCUGAAAAUAACAAGUCGGAUUCAGCGUCCCUCAAAGACGAGCGCGAGCAGACAAAAGCAAAGACGGGUGCUGAUCAAUCUUCAAAAUCCGAAACACAUCCCCCUCUAACUUCAGUUCCGGUAAGGUCCAGUGCACCAGCCUCAUCUGAACCUGCUCCAAAGAUCAUAACAGGAACUGCACAAAUCAGAUCCACCACACCAGUGGUCGUAGGUGCCAGAGUAGUGACGGCUACGACCUCCAGUGUGCAGGGACCAGGAGGUGCCAGCUUGGCACAGGUUCCUCAGGCUGGAAGAGGUUCUGUAAGCUCUACAGCUAUAAACCAGCCCCGGGUCACCACCUUGACCCCAGCCAAAGGUACUGUCGUGAGGAUUUCCACCCCAUCACAAAGUGUACCAAUGACACGUGCCCCUCAAACUAUGCUGCCUGCCAACUUUCAAGUCCCUCAAGGAAUGGUGUUAAUCCGCAGUGACAGUGGGCAGUUGAUGUUGGUAUCUCAGCAGGCUCUGGCCCAAGCACAGGCUCAGGGAAUGCUGCCAAAACCAGCUAAUGCCAAUGCCUCUGCUAUAGUUAGAACCGCAUCAUCCCAGGCAACUGGAACUGCUACACCAGUCAUCAGAGUUUCUCUCCCUCCUUCUAGUGCAUCAGCCACUACCAGUAUUAAACAUAACCCUACAUCAGGGGCUGCACAUUCUGUGACAGGAACUACUGUUCUCAAACCAGCUUAUACAACAGGAACGACCAUCAUUAAACCCGCCAAUGUUGUAGCGACUGCAGUCAGAAAGCCCACCUCUACCAUGGGCACUGUUAUCAAAGCCAGUCAAAUUACUCCAAACAGCAGCACAGCGGGGACCCUUAACCAGGGGACUAAUUCUGUCAGCACAACUACUGUAAUUAAUACCUCUGCUGUAAAGGAAACCUUGGAGAACGUGAAGAAGUGUAAGAACUUCCUGGUCACCUUGAUGAAGCUAGCAUCCAGUGGCACUCGCUCAGCCAACAUGGCGCAGAAUGUCCGAGCUCUUGUCAAAGGCCUACUGGAUGGUAAAUUAGAGGCAGAAGAGUUUACUGAAAAACUCUACAUGGAGCUCAAAUCUUCCCCUCAGCCAUAUCUAGUGCCCUUUCUUAAGAGAAGCCUACCAGCUGUACGUCAGCUCACCCCAAACUCGCAGCUCUUCAUUCAACAAUGUGACCAACUUAAGCCAUCAGAUUCAGCAUCAGCCAAGACUGCAAACCAAAAGCCCAGCAUCUCCAUCAGCUCCACCAUCAAACCCAACCAGCCAACCAGACCUGCUCAGCUGGUGAUCCAGCAACCUAAAGGAGUAAUCGUCGAACAGCCUGUAAUAUCAUUAUCAGCCCAGAACAAUUCUCAACCCAAACAGUUGGUCAUUCAAACCAGCACUCAUUCAACAGUCCCCACAAGUGCUGUUGUGCGGCAGUCCAUCCUUCAGGUGUCUAAAACACACUUUUCUCAGCCACCCCUUACAGCACAUGCACACGGCUUCAAGGACAGCACCUCGGGCUCUUUCCGAGAUGACGAUGACAUUAAUGAUGUGGCCUCCAUGGCAGGAGUGAAUCUGAGUGAGGAGAACGCUCGUAUCUUGGCCUCUGGCUCUGAGCUUGUGGGAUCAGUGAUACGCUCCUGUCAAGAGGAGCCCUUUUUAUUCCCAUCAGCCCUCCAGACACAAGUGCUCCACAUCGGUGGUUCUCUGGGUAUUACAGAAGUGUGUCCUGAUGUAUUUGAAUUGCUCUCUCUGGCAACAAAAGAGAGACUUGGAGACCUGCUGGAGAAGCUAACCGCUGUAGCACAACAUCGCCAAAUCUCCUAUAGGGAUGAUUGGCGCUACAGUCAGACCAAUGACACACGCUCUCAGCUGAAGUUCCUUGAGCAACUGGACAGACUGGAGAAACAGAGGAGAGAGGAAGACGAGAGAGAAGCACUACUCCGCAUCGCCCGGAGUCGCUCUAACAGUGAAGACCCAGAGCAACAACGUCUCAGACAGAGAGCCAAAGAGAUGCAGCAGUUGGAGUUGGCACAGAUGGAGCACCGAGAUGCAAAUUUGGCAGCGCUGGCAGCCUUGGGACCCCGUAAGAGGAAAGCUCUGGAGGCUUCCGGCCCAGGGGCCAACCAGUUGUUAGGUCCAUACGGGCAGCUUACAACUCAAAGAGCACCAAUUCGAGUCACUAUGAGAGAUCUGACUUUCUGCAUGGAGCAAGACCCCACGCUCAGACACUCACUCAAGCUAUAUAGUGGAUUUCUACGCUAGAUACACACAGUCAAACCACUGAGACGUGCUGUAUUUGGAUGAGUUUUGUAUUAACUUCUGUAUCACAGUGUUCCAUCAAUGUUCAAAUCAGAAUAGUUUGCCAUAUUAUGUGUUCCUGUCCUUGUUUUGAGUUGUCUGUUAUUUAGAAUGUUUUUUUUUCUUCAUGUUGAAUGUAUUUCACAAACAUAUUGACUGAUAAGGAAUUAAUUAAA